CGGAGAUUCGCAUAAAUUUGAAAUUUGGCGCCACAUAAUGCUUACAUGCUGCUUAAGCAUUUCCUGCGAGAGGAGCAUCCACGGAUCGAUGUCUCCUCCCUCGCCCAGCUGCUGCGGUCGUGCUUGGAUCUCCGGCACGCUCACCGCCUCCACGACGCCACAGGCAAUCUCCUUGCUAGCGGUGAUGGCGGCAGCCGCAGAAGCACCGCUACUUUCCUGUGGAAUCUGGUGGUGGAGAUGUAUGGGCGGUGCGGGAGCGCUGGCGACGCGCGGCGCGUCUUCGAUGGCAUCGCCCGCCCCGACGCCUUCUCGCACAACAUGAUGAUGCACGCAUAUGCCCGCAACGGGCAUCUCUGCGAGGCUAAGCAGCUCUUCGAUGGGAUCGGCCGAUCGGACGUUUACUCGUGGACGAAUCUCCUCAAAGGCUACGCGGAUCUUGGCCAGGCCGGGGAGGCAAAAGCGCUGUUCGAUCGGAUGCCGCAGUGGGAUGCUCUUGUGUGGACUUGCAUCAUUGCAGCAAAUGCCAGAAAAGGGCAUCUUGAGGAGGCGCUGGAACUCUUUGCAGCAAUGCCUCCUGGGAGGAAUGUGGUCUCCUGGACGGUGGCUCUCGCCGCGAUCGCGGAAUUUGGAAGCGCCCACCAGGCGAUGGAGAUGCUGGGCAAGAUCCCGCAAUCCAGCUCCGUGACCAUGGGCGCGGCGAUCCAGGCGUUUGCGCGCAGGGGAAUGGUGCGCGAGGCGAGGGCGCUCUUCGACUCCAUUCCAUCGCGCAACGUGGUCCACUGCACGGCGAUGAUCCAGGCGUACGCCGCCAGAGGGCUCGUGGAGGAGGCCAGCGCCAUCUUCGCGAAGAUCCCCAGCGUGGAUUCCCAGUGCUGCAAUGCGAUGCUGAGCGCGCUGGCCCAGAACGGACGCCUGGAGGAGGCCGCGAGCUUGUUCCAAAUGCUGGAGGAGAGAGGCGUGGUGUCCUGGAACGCGAUUCUCCAGGGAUAUGCGCAGAACGGGCACUCUCUCGAAGCAAAGAGGACUUUCGAUGAGAUGCCCGAGCGUGAUGCGAUAUCUUGGAACUCGCUGCUGUCCGGGUUGGCUGCUGGCCAGCUCCAAGAUGAUAUGGAGAAAGCUUUCGAUCUAAUGCCUCUCCACGACGCUCUAUCAUCGACCACGAUUAUCACUGCGCUUGCUCAAGCAGGAGAGGUUGAGAGAUCCAAGGCCAUGUUUGAUUCCAUGCCGGUGAGAGAUAUGGUGGCCUGGAAUGCGAUGCUUGGAGUUUACUCGAGCAAUGGCCUGGUGGAAAAGUCCGAGAGCGUCUUAAACAAAAUGCCCGAGCAAAGUGUUGUGGCCUUGAACGCGGUGGUCGCAGCACACGCUCAUGCCGGGGACUUGGACAAGGCGAGAGAGAUCUUCGACACGAUCCAGCACAAAAAUCUGGUGGUGUGGAAUGGAAUCCUUGCUGCUUACGUGAACAACGGGAGGCUGGCUCAAGCAAGGGAGAUUUUUGGAAAGAUCCCGGAGCCGGAUGUGUUCUCGUGGAACAUCAUGCUGUCGGCUUUUGCCGUGGACAAGGAUCACUACAGCGUUGUUCUUGACUGGUUUUGGAAGAUGGUACUCUGUGGAGUGAGACCAGAUGGGAUAAGUUUCACUGCGGUUCUCACUUCGUGCUGCCAUUCCGGACUCCUGGAGCGAGCUCGCGAGAACUUUGUGUCGAUGCAAGGGGACUUUGGGGUGGCACCCGAGGUUGAUCACUAUCACUGCUUUCUUGACAUGUUGGGAAGAGCCGGACGAUUGAUGGAGACCGAGAGCUUGCUGGAAACGAUGCCGUUUUUGCCGGACGUUGUGGCCUGGACUUCCUUGGCCGGGUCUUGUAGAACUCACGGGGAGGACAAACUUGGUGCCUUGGCUGCGGAGAAUGCGUUUGGGGUUGAUCCAGGGAGUGUCGGGCCUUACAUGCUCUUGGCAAACAUCUUUGCGGAGGAGAAGCAAACAUGAGACAACUCAAGAGAGAAAGCUAAGAAAACUCCUCGAGGAUAAGCUCAAAGGUAC